GCGGCAGCACUUCCGGGUCGGAGAUCUCCCGUUGCUACGCGACCGCGUAACAAUCGCAGCGGAGCCGGAGAGGAAAAAACAGAGCGAGAGAGAGGAGAACAAACACACACAUACACACAGGUCGCCGGUCGGGGCACCGUCAGACCUGACACUGACACUCAAAUAGCAUCAAAUAGUUCAAAUAGCAUCAAAUAGUUCCUGCAAAACUUUGGUUAUAUGUUGUGUCGUUACUAUCCUGAAGUAUGAAUCCUUUGCCACAAAGAUGCAAACCAGGAUCGAGUUACUUCUCACUUACAGAGAGCAUGUAUAGAAGCAUGAUGAAAUGGAGCAACACUCAUGUUCCAGAGUCUGAGGCUCUGGAGGACCGGCUGCUGAGUGUGGAGGUCUCCGAGGUGAAUGUGGACCUUCUCAUGAUGAUCAUGGAAGCGGUGGCGUCCAUUGCUGCUUUUGUCAGAUUCUUGCCGCUUGCCAACAGGAUAUGCAUUGAGAUGGCCGAACCUGGUGGAUUAACACAGGUGAUGGAGAGCAAUGUCACCAAGGACUAUUUAUCUUCUUGGAGUAAAGCUGGACGUAUUGAGUCUUUGAAGAGCCUGAAACAGCGUCUGCAAGACUCUGGUGAGAACAAAGUUCACCUCAAAAUGAAAACCAAGAAGACCGCAGAAUCGACAGAUGCAGUGACCAAAGGUGACUGCCAGGCGGAGAGCCAGAGGACCGAGGAGGAAGCAGUGACCCAGCCCGAUGCUGCAGCCGCCCCUGCUGGACGGCAGCCAGAGCCCAAGUGUCCUGAUGACGAGACACAGGAGGGAGAGGAGAAGGAUGGAUGGAGCAUGGCCGACAUUAAAGUUGUGGGAAAACGCAGGAGGGAGCUUGUCGGACCUGAGGCAAAGCGAUCUCGCGCUCAGUCUCCGUGUGUUGUAGCAGAUUUCAGACUGCCUCAGUUCAACCCUAACAGCCCCAUCGGUCAGGAGUUUGUGGUCCCUAAAUCAGGAUUUUUCUGUAACAUCUGCUCUGUUUUCUGCCUGAAUGAGAAGACCGCCAAGGAACUCCACUGCUGCAGCCAGAAACACUACGACAACCUGCAGAAGUAUUAUGAGGAACGUCGACAAAGAGCUACAAAGACUUUGUCUCACACGUCUCCAGGCUCCGUUUCUGACUGAUGGACCUGAUCUACUGGAGAACAAGCCAUUGUUAUUGAUCCUACUAGUUCAGAAACUAAACUAAUCGCCUUCUGGCACCUUUUGUUGUAAGUUAUAUAUGUCUUCUUUGAUGAAUUGUCUCCCAGCCUUUCAGUUAGUGCUUCUGUUUUUGUUUGUACAGGCCGAUGGAGAGCACCGUUUUGAUCUUGUUACUAUUUUAUCUUUUAUGUGAAAUAUUAUUGAGAAAUUGUCCCUAUUAAUUUAGUUAACAUCAGGAGGUACCUGACAGCUGUUAACAGUUUACUAAAUCUUGUUUUUUUUUUUUUUGCUCAUUUAGAUCUUUGGCUUCAGUUUCUUUAAGUGUCCAAAAUGUGUUUGCUGCUGUUCUGUUAAACAUGAAAUAAAACCUGUCACAUGUGUGUCAUACA